AUGCAUUUGAGAAGGAAAGAUGAUUAUAAAAGUCUCGAACUCUUGUCAGAAGAGGAAUUGAAUAAAAAAGUAUAUUUCAUGGAGUAUACUUUGCCUCAUGCCAAAGAAAGAGAGAAUAUCUCUACCGCAUUAAAAGAGACGUUUUCUAAUAGGCAAAAAUGGAUUGAAAAUAGCAAUCCUACCAUUUCAGAUAUACACAAUCAAUAUCCUCGACUUUUUGAUUAUAAUGGUGAAAUGAUCAAGCAGGAAUUCAAAAUGAUCAUGAAUGAAAAGGACAUCAACGAUACAUUUGUUGGAGAUUUCCCCGCAAUUUAUGCUCCAAAAAUUUUGGCUUACUGCGAAAAGGAAAAGAGCUUCAUUUUUGAAGAAGCCCAGAAAUCAAUAGAGGAUGAAAGUGGAUUAGAGCUAAUUUGA